AUGGAUUCUUGUUUGGGACUAUCCAGAAAAAGGGUUCGAGUAACUGACAGAGAUUUUGAAGAAACCCUAACAAGAUGGUGUGAUGAAGUUAAGACGGAUCACAACAAUGAUAGUUAUGUCAGUGAUUCUGAAUACAUUCUUAGUGAUCAUAACAGUGAUACUGAUCAAGAAGAAAGUGAAUAUUUGGAGGAAGAUGAACAAUGUGAUGAAAAUUUAGAAACGGAAGACAAAAAUAAAUAUUUUUAUGGUAAAGGAAAAAAAGGAGAAUCUAAAUUUCGUUGGUCUAAGACGCCAUUAGUAAGUUCAUAUGUGAGAACACCAAAACAUAAUAUAAUAAGGCAACUUCCUUAUUAUGUUAUGUUAUGUUCUAAAUGUUCUAAUCAAAAGCUAUCAAAAAUGAGAGAUUUAUAUAAGGAUCCCACAAAAUCGGAUUUACGUGACUUGGACAUGAUUGAACUAAAUGCCUUUUUAGGGUUACUUAUAUAUAUUGCGGCUUUCAAAUCAAAUGACGAAAAUAUCACUUCGUUGUUUUCAACGGAUGGGACAGGCAGAGAUAUUUUUCGCUGUGUUAUGAACAGAAAUCGAUUUGCUAUUUUAUUACAAUGCUUUAGAUUUGAUGAUUCAGAAACCAGACAACAACGAAAGGAGAAUGAUCCGCUAGCACCUAUUUCUGCAAUAUUUGAGAAAUUUGUUGCAAAUUGUCAAGCUGCUUACACUAUAGGACAUUUGGCUUGUGUGGAUGAAAUGCUUAUAAGUUUUAGAGGAAGAUCCAAAUUUAAAAUGUAUAUACCUCAGAAACCAUGCAAAUAUGUCCUGAAACUAAUGGCACUAACUGAUUCAAGAAAUAAUUAUUUUUAUAACGGAUAUCUGUAUUGUGGGAAAAAAACUGAUGGGAAUACGCUUACUGAAACUGAAAAAAAAUUGUUGAUUCCAACACAAGCAGAACUACGUUUAUCAAUACCUAUUCAAGGAAGCAAUAGAAACAUAACGGAUGAUAACUGGUUUUCAUCCAUCGAAUUGGUUAAUGUUUUGAAGACCAAAAACUUGACAUACAUCGGUACUUUGAAAAAAAAUAAAUCGGAAAUACCUCCCGAGUUUCAGCCUAAUAAGACGAGACAAAUUGGAAGUUCCCUUUAUGGUUUUCCGGAAAAUGUCACUUUGUUAUCACAUGUACCAAAAAAACAGAAGGCUGUAUUACUCGUGUCAUCAAUGCAUUCCUCCGCAGCUCAAGAUCCUGAUGUCGACAAACCAGAAAUGAUUCACUUCUAUAAUACUACGAAGUCUGGCGUUGACAGUCUAGAUCAAAAAUGUGCUUUAUAUUCUACUGGCCGUAGAACGCAAAGAUGGCCUAUGGCAAUUUUCUUUAGAAUAUUAGAUAUAUGUGCAGCAAAUGCAUAUAUUCUUUUUAAAAGUAUCAAAAUUGAAAGAAAAGAUACAAGACUGGAGUUUAUGAAAAAUCUUGGAAAGCAGCUGAUCACUGAAGAAUUAGAGAGAAGACAGAGUAAUUCACGUGUAAGACAGGAAAUAAAAGUAGCUAUUAGAAACAUUUUGGGAAGAAAAGAAGAGCAACCAAUAGAAUCAGUAGGUAAACUCGCCAUUAGAAAAUACUGUUCAAUUUGCCCCAAGAAACUAAAAAGGAAAACUUAUACAUUAUGCUCUAGAUGCAGGCGUCCAGUAUGCCUACAAUGUUCAUCUCCUAUGUUCAACAUGCAUUUAAAUAUAUUUUUUUAA